CAAGGUGAAUUUCCGCGGCAGCAGCCGGGGAGCUGUCUCGAAUCAGGCUCUGCCGCCGGCGACUGGAGUGGCUGCUCCAAGGGACAGUCCCUCGGCUGACCCUGGCUCCGGCUCCCCCUUCACCCGGGGUGCAUGGAUGCUGAAUGGAGUAAAUGAGCGGAUGUGGAAGGAGUGCACAGAAGCUGAGAGGCGCUCCGAGACCGGGACCAGCGGAAACAGGCAGGCGUCUGGUUUCCCCCUCCAGGGCUGAACAUGGAUUCCCAAACCCUGGGAGGCUUCACUGUGCUGCUUUUCAGCUUUUGGCACGUGGGAUUAACUGCAACAAACUAUAAUUGUGAUGAUGCAUUGGUAUCUCCCUUACCUUCAACAGCCCUUACCAGUUCCUCUGAGCUCUUCAGUACGCACAGUCCCAGCUUUGCAAAGCUCAACAGGCGAGAUGGAGCAGGUGGCUGGUCCCCAUUGGACUCAAACAAGCAGCAGUGGCUCCAGGUUGAUCUAGGAGACAGAGUGGAGAUUGUAGCGGUUGCUACCCAGGGCAGGUACGGGAGCUCAGACUGGGUAACCAGCUAUAUGCUGAUGUUCAGCGACACUGGCCACAACUGGAAACAGUACAGACAAGACGACACCAUCUGGGUUUUCACAGGCAACAGCAACGCCGACAGUGUGGUACACCACAAAUUUCUGCACUCUGUGAAAGCUCGCUUCUUGCGCUUCGUCCCUCUAAAGUGGAACAACGCUGGGCAGAUAGGACUGAGAGUUGAGGUCUUCGGCUGCUCCUAUAAGUCAGAUAUUGCAGACUUCGAUGGCAGAAGUUCACUCCUCUACAGGUUUAAUCAGAAGCUUAUGAGCACGUUCAAAGAUGUAGUUUCUUUGAAGUUCAAGAGCAUGCAGGGGGACGGAGUCUUAUUCCAUGGAGAAGGACAGCGUGGAGACUACAUUACCUUGGAACUACAGAAAGGGAAGCUCUCCUUGCACAUCAACCUGGGGGACUCCAACUUGCAUUUCAGUAACAGCCACACAUCUGUCACCCUGGGCAGCCUCUUGGAUGACCAACACUGGCACUCGGUUCUCAUAGAGCGUUUCAACAAGCAAGUGAACUUCACGGUGGACAAGUACACCCAGCACUUCCGAACGAAGGGUGAUUCAGAUCAUUUGGAUAUUGAUUAUGAGCUUAGUUUCGGAGGGAUUCCUGUCCCAGGGAAACCAGGAACCUUUCAGAGGAAAAAUUUCCACGGGUGCAUCGAGAACCUUUAUUACAACGGAGUCAAUAUCAUUGACCUAGCGAAAAGGCGCAAACCUCAGAUCUAUACUGUGGGGAAUGUGACCUUUUCUUGCUCAGAACCACAAAUUGUUCCUAUCAGUUUUGUCAGCACCAGUCGAAGCUAUUUGCUACUACCCGGCACUCCUCAAAUUGAUGGUUUGUCAGUCAGCUUUCAGUUUCGAACAUGGAAUAAAAAUGGCUUACUUCUGUUCACCAAAUUGUCUGAAAAUUCAGGAGCUCUCUUGGUUUACCUCCGUGGUGGGAGAUUGAUGCUACUUAUUCAGAAAGAGGCGGAGAACCCAGUGGAAAUCAGCGAAGGCACCAAUCUCCAUGAUGGGCUUUGGCAUUCUGUUAACAUCAAUGCCAGAAGACAUCGCAUUACCCUGACACUUGAUAACAAUGCUGCCAGUGCUAACCAUGCAACCACUGUCUCAAGGAUCUACUCUGGGAACAGAUACUAUUUUGGAGGGUGCCCUGACAAUUUCACUGAUUCCCAAUGUUUAAAUCCCAUUACUGCUUUUCAAGGCUGCAUGAGGCUCAUCUUUAUUGAUAACCAGCCCAAGGACCUCAUUUUAGUUCAGCAAGGCUCCCUGGGGAAUUUUAGUGAUUUACACAUUGAUCUGUGUGGCAUCAAAGACAGAUGUUUACCCAACUACUGUGAACAUGGAGGAAAAUGCUCUCAGUCCUGGAACACCUUUUACUGUGAUUGUAAUGAUACAGGCUACAUGGGAGCUACCUGUCACAACUCUAUCUAUGAACAAUCUUGUGAGGCUUACCGACACCAAGGGAAGACAUCAGGUUUCUUCUACAUCGACUCUGAUGGAAGCGGACCUCUUGGACCACUCCGUGUGUUUUGCAAUAUAACAGAAGAUAAGAUCUGGACUAUAGUGCAGCACAACAAUACAAGGCUAACCAGAGCCCAAGCAGCUGAUCUGGAGAAGCCCUACGCCAUGUCCUUUAACUACAACAGCAGUGCAGAGCAGCUUGAAGCCGUGAUAAACAGUGCAGAGUACUGUGAGCAGGAGGCAGCCUACCACUGCAAAAAGUCACGUCUGCUGAAUACUCCGAAUGGAAUGCCAUUUGCUUGGUGGGUUGGCCGUGCCAAUGAAAAGCAUCUUUACUGGGGAGGAUCCCUUCCGGGUAUUCAGCAGUGUGCAUGUGGACUAGAAGAAAGUUGUCUGGAUAUGAGAUAUUUUUGCAACUGUGACGCAGAUAGAGAAGAAUGGACAAACGAUACUGGCCUCCUUGCUUUCAAAGACCAUUUGCCUGUAACUCAGAUAGUGAUCACUGACACAAACAGAUCAAAUUCUGAGGCUGCUUGGAAAAUCGGCCCUUUGCGUUGCUAUGGAGACAGGCAGUUCUGGAACGCCGCUUCCUUCAACACGGAGGCCUCCUACCUGCACUUCCCUACCUUCCAUGCUGAGGUCAGCGCAGAUAUCUCCUUCUUCUUCAAAACUACUGCCAUUUCUGGGGUAUUCUUGGAAAACCUUGGAAUUAAAGACUUCAUACGAGUUGAAAUAAGCUCCCCUAAAGAGAUCACCUUCUCCAUAGAUGUUGGGAAUGGCCCCACAGAAGUCACUGUGCAGUCUCCCACACCCUUGAAUGACAACCAAUGGCACUAUGUUCGAGCGGAGAGGAACCUCAAGCAAACCUCUCUCCAGGUGGAUAGCCUCCCCAAGAAGGUCCUGGAGGCACCUACUGAGGGGCACUUCCGCUUGCAGCUCAACAGCCAAUUAUUUGUAGGGGGAACAGCCUCCAGACUUAAGGGCUUUUUGGGAUGCAUUCGAUCUCUACAUUUAAAUGGACAGAAACUUGACCUUGAGGAGAGAGCUAAAAUGACACCUGGUGUCAAACCUGGAUGUCCAGGACAUUGCAGCAGUUAUGGUAACCUGUGUCAUAAUGGAGGAAGAUGUGUGGAGAAGUAUAAUGGUUACUCCUGUGACUGUACCAACUCAGCAUAUGAAGGACCUUUCUGCAAGGAAGACGUUUCUGCAUUAUUUGAAGCCGGCACUUCCAUUACCUAUAUUUUCCAAGAGCCUUAUCCUGUCACAAAAAAUGCAAGCACCUCAAGCUCUGCCAUUUAUGCAGAUGCUGUCAUAUCCAAGGAAAAUAUUGCGCUUAGCUUUCUCACGGCACAUACUCCAAGCCUUCUGCUGUACAUCAACACCUACCUUCAUGAAUAUUUGGCUGUAAUUCUCUCCAAGAAUGGCAGCUUACAGGUCCGAUACAAGCUGAGUAAGGAUGGGCUCCUUAUUUUCACCAUUGACUCCGGAAAUUUUGCCAACCGAGAGCUGCACCAUGUGAAGAUUAACAGAGAAGGCAGAGAGCUCGUCAUUCAGGUUGAUCAAGUUCUCAAACUCAAACACAACUUUUCUGAGACUGAUUUUAAGGCCAUCAAAUCACUCACCUUGGGCAAGGUCACAGAUAGUGUGCCACUGGACCCUGAAGUCGCAAAGGCAAAUGCCUAUGGUUUCACUGGCUGCCUGUCCUCUGUUCAGUACAACCACAUUGCUCCCUUGAAAGCUGCCUUACGGCAUCCAAGCAUUGCUCCUGUGACUGUCAAAGGCUCCUUGACUGAAUCCAGCUGUGCAUCCACAAUGGAAGCUGAUGUGAACACAGUAACCACAAUAUAUUCCUCAUCAGAUCCUUUUGGGAAGACAGAUGAAAGAGAACCUCUCACCAAUGCAGUCAGAAGUGAUUCAGCUGUGAUUGGAGGUGUAAUAGCAGUUGUGAUAUUCAUCAUCUUUUGCAUCAUUGCCAUCAUGAGCAGAUUUCUCUAUCAGCACAAACAAGCACAUCGAAGUAACCAGACAAAGGAGAAAGAAUACCCAGAAAACCUCGAGAGCUCCUAUAAAGCUGACAUUGACUUGCAGAACACAGUGAGCGAGUGCAAACGGGAAUAUUUCAUCUGAUGGACAAUGCAAUUUCUUCUUGCUCUUACUCCCCUAACCUACCUUCCUUUAUUCCUUUUUUCCUUCCUUUUUACUUUUUGUAGUUUUCUUUUAAUCAUUCAUUUUUUGCUGACUUUCAGUUGGAAAACACCGCCCUGUACAGGAAAUACUGGUAACAGUCACAGUGCCUCAUUCUCUACACAAAGAACCUGGCAGUCAGAGUUUACUUCUGCAGCUCAAGAGACAUGUUACUCCACCCUGCACAAAAUAAGAUCCACAUGCACACCUGGUUUCUGCUAUGGGUUCCUGGAUGUUUCAAAGUCCCUACAUUUGUUUCUGGUUUUCUCAAGAGCCAUUUAAUUCAUCGCUUUUACGUUAGAACUGGACUAUGUAAAGUAGAGGUAAAGUAGCUGAACACGUAGCUUCUACAGAUACUGGGACAGGAUAGAGGGAAAGAAUGAGACCAAAAUGCCUGAUUUAUUUUCCAGGCUUAGUAACAACAAUCAUAAAGGACUGGCCAAAUUCUCAAAUGAUAUGAAUUGAUAUAUAUCUAUUGAUUUCAAUUUUGUUACAUUAAUUGAUACUAGCUAAGAAGCUGGUAUGAGGUAAGGAAAAAUAAAAAUGCCCUCAUUAAGCUCCUUCCCCCAGCUUCCUGUCCUUUUACUGUAACUUUUAGGCUUAUCAGUACUUUUCCAACAGUAUAUGUAUUAACAAUAAAUGUCAUUCCCAUGCACCUCUUUCACCUCCAUCUCAUAAGGCUGACUAUGUAGACCCAACAUACUCUAGCAUAACUCUAGCUGAAGCAUGGAAAAUAGUAGCUUGAAUCUCCAAGGGUUUUAGGAAGCUGCUAGGACUUAGGUGCUCUAUAUUUGUCUGAAAUGUUAGAAAUGCAACAUAUAACUGUUCAUGCCAUAUGGAGGAUUAUCACACGCUGAGGUUAAACGUUGUUGACAUUGUGGCAAAGAAAAAGUACACAGACAAGCAAAAAGCAAAGGUAGUUUAAUCUUAAACAUGAUUCAUGACUUCUAUCAGUUCUUCUAAAAAAGAAAAAAAAAAAAACCAACUACACAGCAUCUGCUCCCCCCCCAAAACUGCAUGAAAGAUUGAUUAGUAUUUCCUCUUUGUAGAAUUUGGAAUAUCUUCUCCAAAGCUAAGUAGAGAGAGGUCUGAGGUGGUGUCUUAAAAGGUUAAUAUUUGAUCAACAUUGUUGACAAAGCACAACAUUAGGGAAACAAUAUUUUUUUUUCAAUUCCCAAGUACUCUAAUUUGAAUCAAUCUUCUCUCCUGUUUCUCUGAAGUAUUAUGUCCUUUCCUGAUUGCGAACAAUGCUGAAGACUCAAAUCUUGCCCAUUGUACUUCUGCUGCAUGGUUUCAACAUGAGACUGAAAAAACUUCUUUUCAGUCACAGACAUCCCGAAAGGAAAAAUAGACAACUCCUACCAAGGGAGGUUUUUCACACCCUACUUGUUUCUGUGUGGCAUACUGCCUUCUCAGGGCUUCUGAAAAGUAUGUAGUAUUUGCUGUCACACUUGAAGAGUUCUGUUAGGAAUGGAAUCAAUCCAACAGCUAAGAAAAAUUCCUGAACUCCUGAUAUGAAUUAGUUCAAGACAAUUAAUUGUGUAGCUGAAUCUCUUUCUUGGCCUUCUAUACCAUUCUGCAGCCAUCCUGAGGUUUCUGCCUCAUGAUUCUUUUUACACAGAUUAGAAACAGAGAAUCACUGCAUGAGUUAAUAACCUACAGCAAACUAAGAUGAGGUUACACAUGCUGUUUUUCCAGGUACUGCCUUGCAAAGGUAUGCUGCUGGUUAUUUUUCUGAUGAGCCGAAGGGACAGACAAGGAAGAAAAAAUAAAUGACAGUCUGGAUCUGGUGGUUCCUUGCCAAUUCUUUUGGAAGACUUCGUGAGAAGCAGUGUCUGAUGCUGAGAAAGCAAUCUUGGAAUGAUAUCCCUGGCAUGUGGUUUACAACAGCCCUCUUGCUUCAUGCUGAUUGGUUGCGUGAUACAUAAUUACUUGAGAGUGUUUCUGAAUGAUGAGAUGUGUAGUGAUGGACUCAUUAGCUUUCAUUUUCCACUUUUCAACGUAGACCUCUUUUCCCAUGUAUUGCAAAACAUUUCUGCUGGGUUUUUUAAAU